UCUGCCCGUUACCCAGUUCCAAAGUCGCUUCCAGAUUUUCAGGUACCUCAAUAGCAGUGCCUCACUCCUGGUACCAAUAUUCUAUAUGAGUUCAUUCUCACACUGCUCUAAAGAACUACCGGAGACUGGGUCAUUUAUGAAGAAAAGAGGUUUCACUAAUUUAUAGUUCUGCAGGUCGCACGGGGAACAUCACUGGGUGGCCUCGGGAAACUGAACAAUCAUGGAGGAAGGCAAAGGGGAAGCGUACAUGAGAGCGGGUAAGGAACCUUUACCACUGUCUUAGUAGAAGCCAGCGGAGCUGCUUUCUGUGAAAAGAUGCAAUUGGAAAAGAGUGGAAAGUAUCUAACACCCAAACCAACCCCACCAGUGUGCCAGCAAUCCUAAGACGCUCUUCUCUAAUUCUGAACGGAAGAACUCCGCUUCCAAGACAUGAGCAUGAAUGCAAUUCCAGGCUGUAAGAUAUUUUGGGAGAAUAUUAGAGAGGCAAAUCAACCACUGGGCUUGGUGCUUUCCACAACUGAGGCCACCUGGUAUUCCCAAGGAGAACAGAAAUUUUAUUCAAGCUUUACUCAAAGCAGAUAAAAAUUACAAGAUGUGAGGGAUCAGUGCUCCAGGAACCUGGGUCCAUAAAAUUACAAGCUGGAGAAUAACUGCUCCCAGAAAUAUGCUGCAACUAGAAAGAAAAACCGGAGUUUCACUGGCUGACUGAUUGUCUGGAAACCGUUUUGGGAUUUCUUUCCUAAGCUUCUUAAUUAGAAUCUUUACAUUAUAGAGAAAAUGUUUUUGAGAGUUGAGUGUGGUCUGUGGAAUGUCCUAUUAGUAACGACUACUGCGUAGUUUUAACUCACCUCUUUUAUUGAAAUGUGAAAAGGUGUUACAUUUAUAAUAGAAAACUCUUUGAAAGUCGCACCGUUCAUUUGAGAGGAAUUUUAAAUGUCACCCCAAAUUUUAAGAUUUUAAUUAAUUUUAAUUGAUUUCCUAAUUUUAAUCAAUAGGCAUAAUAUUCAAGAUCUUAUCUAAAAACUAUUACAUGGCAAUAUUUUGUCCUUGUUAAUUCAAAAAUAACACUGAAAACACAAUCGUCUUCCUUUAUGGUAAAAACCUGAGCAAUAAUAACCAUCUCAAUGAUGGCAGAAUGAAAUCAGAAUCUGAUUGGAUUAAAAAGGAGGGAAAGGGUGUGGCUAAGGUGGGUGGAGAGACCCUCUCUUAUAAAAGCCCCUGGCAGGCAGCUCUCACCCCACAUCUGAGCUGUCCGCAGAAGCAGCUGGAGACCAGGGGAGAAACUCCAGAAGGAGAGACAUUUGCCGUGGCUGAGCACUUCAAACAGGUCAUUAGAUGUCCUGUCUGCCUAAAAGAUCUUGAAGAAGCCGUGCAACUGAAAUGUGGAUAUGCCUGCUGCCUCCAGUGCCUCAAUUCACUCCAGAAGGAGCCCGAUGGGGAAGGUUUACUGUGCCGUUUCUGCUCUGUGGUCUCUCAGAAGGAUGACAUCAAGCCCAAGUACAAGCUGAGGGCGCUGGUUUCCAUCAUCAAGGAACUAGAGCCCAAGCUGAAAAACGUUCUAACAAUGAACCCAAGGAUGAGGAAGUUUCAAGUGGAUAUGACGUUGGAUGUGGACACAGCCAACAACUAUCUCAUCAUUUCUGAAGACUUGAGGAGUUUCCGGAGUGGGGAUUUGAGUCAGAAUAGGAAGGAACAAGCUGAGAGGUUCGACACUGCCCUGUGCGUCCUGGGCACCCCUCGCUUCACUUCCGGCCGCCAUUACUGGGAGGUGGACGUGGGCACCAGCCAAGUGUGGGAUGUGGGUGUGUGCAAGGAAUCUGUGAACCCACAGGGGAAGAUUGUGCUUUCUUCAGAACACGGCUUCUUGACUGUGGGUUGCAGAGAAGGAAAGGUCUUUGCUGCCAGCUCUGUGCCUAUGACUCCUCUCUGGGUGAGUCCCCAGUUGCACAGAGUGGGGAUUUUCCUGGAUGUAGGUAUGAGGUCCAUUGCCUUUUACAAUGUUAGUGAUGGGUGCCAUAUCUACACAUUCAUCGAGAUUCCUGUUUGCGAACCAUGGCGUCCAUUUUUUGCUCAUCAACGUGGAAGUCAAGAUGAUCAGAGCAUCCUGAGUAUCUGUUCUGUGAUCAAUCCAGCCACUGCCAGUGCCCCAGUUUCUUCUGGGGGAAAGUAAAUAAACAUUUCAACAUAA